CGCUAUCAACCCAGAACCCGUCUCGCAAGAGAGAUAAGGGCGUCAAGCUGCGGCGUUCUUGAUGCUACACAGAGACUCGGUUGUGUGUUGACGUAACAACAAAACAUGGUGGCGUCGGACGCCCUGGAUGUCUGGACCGUGUUUGUCGCCCUUUCGUGCGGCGCUGUGGCGGUUGUGGCUGUGAACAACGAGAGGACGACAAAAUCCACUGUCUACUACAUGGACGAUCUCUGCGCCUCGUCGCACGCCUCGACGGUACACGUGGGCGUCGCGGGUCAGGAGUCCGCGGUGGUGUUGCGGGCGACCCGGCACUACCUGGAGAACGACUUCAACUGCACCGUGCACGUGACCACGCGCAAGGACCGCAGCCUUCUCUACAGCAUCGCGUCCCUGGACCUGCCCAUGACGUGCCUCUCCUACCUCCAGGUGUGGGAAGAUCGGAUGGACGGGCACCGGUUCUGCCGCAACGUGGACGACCCCAUGGGCAAGGAGGCCCACUGGGUGGCGUCGCCCGACCUCUUCGUCCAACUCAUCACUUCCAAACACGACUGGAACUACGAGCGGAAGGCCUUCGAUCUCGUGCUCACUUCCUACAGGCAGAGCCUCCAUUUUGACGGUUGCUUCAAAGGCGAGUUUCAGUGCGCAAACAAGUUCUGCGUGUGGAAAGAGCUUAUGUGCAACAACGAAAACAACUGCGGGGACCUGAGCGACGAGAACUGCAUGUCCAAGACGUUGUCCAUCAUCGUCACCAUAGCAGCAGGUAUCACCGUGGUGAUACUUAUUUUCGUCCUUGUCUCCUAUAUUCGCAAAAGAAGACAACAGGCGCCCCACGAUUUGUCGAGGGCCACAAGCACGCAGUCCUUCCAGAGCGUGGGGUCCGGUAUGUCCGGCGCCGUGGACACCACCUACGUACCGCUGUACGGCAAAGCUCUGCUAGACACCCCGAUGAUCCUGGUGAACGACCUGCCCACGCGGACGUCCUCCUCCGACGACGUCGUGCCCAGGGAAAUGACCGAGAAGCGACUCAAGCCCUGCAUCCGCUACGACCGAUCGUUGUCCGACCCAAUGUGAGGUGGCGGUGCUGCGCAUCGAGAGUCGAACGGACGUGUCCCCCAGGAGAGUCGGACACUUUUCACCGUCCUGACGCAGAAGGACGGUGACUUGCAACGCGUCUUCGACUGGCGUGUUUACAGUUCUAACUCGCCCAUCCUGUCAAAUUAAGUGUUCUCGAAGUGCCAACAAACGACCUCACAGAAGCUGCAACCUGUCACGUUGUCGGAUGUCGCGACCCUAGCGGUUGGUGCUAUAAGUUUCGGCAAAAAGUAUAUAUGAGGAAACUCGGGAGUCGCUCUUGUCAGCGCGUUCCAUCUUCUGACUGCAGACGUAUCCGUGGACAGUGUGGCUGAAGAGUGACUUGCAACAGAACAGGAGUCCGCCGCAUUCAUCUCCACUGCCUCGACACCGCCAGGAUCGCGGCAUGACAAUUCUGUGACGUCACCAAACUGAUGGACGACGUUUAAGGACGCCGUAAAAGCGCCGGUCAAAGACGCGUUUGAGGAACAAAGUGCGCAUGCUCCGAAAAUGCCCCUUUGUUCAUUCUGGAGGGUAUCAGCGUCCCUUCAAAAAAGCUUCAGGGAAUCUUUAGCCACAUGUGUUUGGUGUGAUCAUCGGGUCUGGCCACUCUGCGGCCGGUGAUAGUUUCUCCUCGUAAUCGCCAGUUUUUUUUAUCAACACUAUACCCGUUUCCACCUCAAUAAAAACGCAAGUUUUGCGCAUGGUUCAUGCGCGGCGCGAAGGAGUUUUUACGAGAUUUGGUUGUCGGAGGAACAAGCGAUGCUUUUGGUGUUUGGAACGUUUAUGUCCUGAUAGGAUAACAUACGUCUAACCUGAAAUUCGCCUACAUAUAUCUUAUUACCAACAUAAAGAGGGAAAUUAGUAAUGCUCCGCGUGGAGCCAGACUUGUUUUACAACAGUUCUUGAGGUAAAAACGGGCAUAGAAUAAUCAAGGCCUAUGAACAACCUCCUCUACAUCCGCCUAAACGCCAUCACAAAAAUAUGGCACGAACUCAGCAAUGGGGUCCAAGCCCGUUGCUGAACUUCCUUGGACUCACUGACCGGACAUGAGACUCGGCCAAACGCCGACGUAAAAUUCGUUUCCAGUAUGUGUCUGCGCUUGUCCUCACUGUGUUGAGUUCGAAAUGCUAUUCUCCGUUUCGCCUUAAGAUCAGACGCAGUCGACGCUAUAGGAACCGAUGGGACCAACCACACAGCGUCAAAAAAGUGCACCAUCAUUGUGUUCGUCAUUUUUCUGUACGUCUUCUAUCAUCGCUGAAUCAAUCAUGAACAGAAGAAGUACCAGUGACUUGCGCUUUUACACUGAUUGACUGGUCCUAUUCGCUCGUAGCGUCGGUUGCGUCUGGACUUAAAGCUGAAACGAAGUAUAUAAGACGGGUUUUGAUUAUUUUUCUAGAUAGUACUGGGCUGACCGCAGUCUCUCUUAGGAUAUAGGGUGUAGUAAAUAGCAUAAUCUACUAGUCCUCGUUUUACCAUAAGUAAACGCUGAUAUACAGACUUGCGACCGUGUGCCUUAAAACAUUUUAAAAGUUUCUUACGUCGAGAGAACAGACCGGAGCCUGCAGCUAUCGGCUAGCAGCGGAACACUUUGUGGUCCCGUAUCACGUACAGCGAA